AUAGCUUAUUUGUACGGAACUAGAAGCCUAGUGCUGAUCUCAGCUUGCUGACUUAACCCCGUACUGUAACUACUAACUUAUCCUUUUUCAUGAGUUAAGCUCGCUCUCUGAACAGCAACGGAUAGCCCUUUUUUCGUGCAUCCGUUACUUUUAGGUCUCCAUCAGGACUGUUAUGUUCAUAGCGCUUCGCGACAAUGGCAAGCCUUUGGGGUUCCCGACGCAUGUCGAAACAGCUCACGCGCCAAUCAAAACGCGAGAAAGGCAAAAGGCCCGAAGAGCCUCAGGAGCUAGAUUUAACUCGCCUGCAGUCCACUAAUUCGAGGACUCGCAAGAAGGCGGAGCUUAUAAAGAAAGUGAGCGAAUCGCGUCGCCGGUUCCACUUUAGAGAGCUCCUGUGCAUCGCGCUGCCGCCGAACGCGACGCUCGAAGACGGACAACUACCAUGGCCGCUCUGCUCCCCUCCCACCACGCCGGACGCAUCCGGCCGAGGGCUGACGUGGUUCCCGAACGCCAGCGCGGACGACGAGUGGCUGGACGAGGUCGAAGCUGCCACGGCCUCACACGGCGCCUUGCCCGCAGGCUCAGGCUCAGGUGCGCUGCUGCAGGCUGCGAGCAGCAGCGCUGUAUCCAGACACGUGCGAGAGGAGGUUGUAAAGAUUGAGGAGGUCUCUACCGAAAUCGUGACCGUUGAGGAGCUAUCCACAGAGAUCAACCAGCCGGUUAGGUCUGGGAGAAGACGGAGGUCAGGGGCGAGAGCAAGGGCAGAGACAGGCACAGGAGAAGAGGAGGAGAAGAAGGGGAGGAAAGGCAGGAAGGGCGGUAGCAGGUCGAAGAGAGAAGCUCAGCCGCCAGACGAGGCAACGAGCGCGGAUCCUAGAGUGCUGCCUGAAAGGCCUGCUGCUGCUCCUGAAGCAAGGAACGUGGGGGCGCCACAGACUGCUGCUAGCCCUUCAGCUGGAGUGCGGGAAACAGCGUCUGCUGCUAGCCCUGGUGCCGCUACUGCUGGGCUCGCCGCUGGCUUGGCAGGAGGGGUUGCGGCAGCAGCAGGAAGCAGCGGGGAGGUGAUGGAAGAGGAAGGACGGCCAGAGCCGCAGCCAGUGGCGGAGGAGAUGAGUGUUGACUCCAGAAUACUAGAGUCAGCAGUACUAGCGUCAGCGGACGCAGCGAGCGACUUGGCUACAGAUGGUACAGCCUCAGCCAUGCAGACGGUGCAGGAGGGCAGAGAAGAAAUAGGUGAAGCAGCAGAAGCAGCAGAAGCAGCAGAGGCAGCAGAGGCAGCAGAGGCAGCAGAGGCAGCAGAGGCAGCAGAGGCAGCAGAAGCAGCUGAAACAGCAGACGCAGGUGAACCAGGGCCAAGCGGAGCAGCAGUUGCUGCUGCAGGCGGCGUUGGUGCAGGGGCAGCAGUGGCGGCAGGAGCAGUGGUAGGAGGAGCCCUAGGCGCUGCUCUUUCCCGGGAAGACUCCAGAGACCAGUCCGGAGGGGGGUCGAAACGAGCCACCCCUGUGACCCCCCUGGGUGGUAGUUCGCCCGUAUCUGCAGGGGAGGAGGGCGGCAGGAGAGGGGUGAAGGCGAAGAGGAACAAGGUCUCGAGUGAGGAGGUGUCAGGGGGGAGUGGGAGGGGAGCGAGCAGCGGGACUGGAAGCAUGGGGCGCAGUAGUGGUGGCAGCAGUAGAGACACGGUCCCACAGCAGCAACUACAGCAGCAAAGGCAGCAGCAGCAGCCGUGGUCCAAGCAACCGCUAUCAGGUCACGGCGCCAGUGGCAUGCCUCCCAUGCCUCCCAUGGGUCCCAUGCGCAGCAACAGCGAGCUGCCCCCCCUCCCCCACCGCAGCGGCAGCGGCAUCCCCCAGCCCCUGCGCAGCAGCAGCGGCCUUGCCGCCCUCAACGCCUCCACCAGUAGCAACCUCCUGCAGCGCGCCGCCACGGGCAGCGGUGACCGUUGGAUCUUCCACUCUGGCGCCGAUCGGGACCAGCUGGUGGAAUCCGACUCCAGUGACGAUUCUGAGACGAUGAGAGGGAGAAAGAAGGGCGUGAAUUGGCAGGGGACCCCUCCUCGGCCUGGGAGUGCGGGCGGGUCGAGAAAGUCGCGGCUAGGGAAGAGAUCUCCCAGGGGGUCCUCGCUGGGCGCGGGUAUGCUGGAGAGGGUUGCGGGAGGGAUGGCGGACAGCAGAGGGAGUUUUGGGGCAGGUGCGGAGAUCAGCAGAGGGAGCAAGAGCAUGAGGGGGCUUCCGGUGGAGGGGCUCGGGUCUGGGGCUCCUGUGCUUAGGCCUGCCACUUCUGGGGGGCUUUUGCUUGAAGAUGUGGGGAAGUAUGAUGACUGGGUGGUCAGCAGCAGCAGGUGCCGGAGUGGCAGCAGGAGUGGCAGCAGGAGUGGGUAUAGGCGCAGCUGCGGGGGUGAUAGCUGGGAACAUCGGCCGGAGAAAGGAAGCAGAGAGGACGUGCAUAGAGCAGGGGGGGAUGACUCAGACUCAGACUCGGAAAUAAAGCGCGAGGCAGGAUGGGGGGGUGUUUCCCAGCAGGGCAGUGGGUUUAGGUUCAGCAGCCAGGGGGAAACGCCUGUUGCUGGGAAUCAGCCAGGGGGCUUCAGGCAGGGGCAAGGCAUGCGCCCCAGCCCCCAACGAGCCCCGGCCGUCGUCGCCCGGCCUCUCCCUUUUGCUUCCAAGUCCCGUUCCUCGGGGGCCCCUCAUCCGCAGCAGCAACUCCCCCCUCGGCCUGGUGGUCCUCCCAAUGCCCCCUCCCAACACGCCCCUUCCCAGCAUGCUCCUUCCCAGGCUCACCCGCUCUCAUCAGGAGCAGCGAAUAAGCCUCGCAUUCCCCCCGUCCCCCCGGCUUAUGGGUAUGCCGGCUCUGCACAACCUCCUGUGUAUGCUGCGCCUGCUGCUGCGUCGGCAGCUGUGCCGGGUACCGCUCCGCACCCCUUCGCACCCACUGCUUUUGCUGGGGGGCCCGGAGGUCCCACUACAGGGCAGGCAGUGGGGCAGCAGCAGGCGCAGCAGCAGUCGUGGGGGGGUUCUGUGGCUGGAUUCUUUGCAGGGGCCAGCGCGUUUGUGUUUGGGGCGAAGCAUGACGGGCAUGCAGGAAAGGAGGCAGGGAGGGAGGCGGGGAGGGAGGCGCAGCAGGGGGGAGAUGCGAGGCAGGCUGGGGAGGCUGGAAUGGGGCUGAGGGAUGGUGAGCAAGAGGGAUCCGGGGCAGCAGGUGCAGGUGUAGCAGCUGUAGCGAGUGGUAGUGGGGGCAGUGGCAGUGGUAGUGCCACGCGUAGCGGCAGUGGCAGUGGUAUGCGCCCUCCUCGCCCUCCGUCCCUUGCCAUCCCAGGAGCAGCAGGCGCUGCCACUAGUCCUGGUGCUGGGCGCCACACCCCCCCCACACAGCCAGGGGCAAAUACAGAGUCUGCAGAACCAGCAGCAGCGGUUGAUAGACAUGCAGCAGAGGGCGGGCAUGAGGCUAUCAUGUCCCCCAUUGCCUUCAUAACAGUGUCGCCGCCUAAGGGCACAGGGAGCAGGGGCACAGACGCUGCAUCAGUGCCAGGUAGAGCAGCAGCAGGGGCAGGAGGGCCAGCAGGAGGGUCAGCAGGGGGGUCAGCAGGGGGGUCAGCAGGAGGGUCAGCAGGGGGGUCACCUAUGAGAGCAGUAGGAGGGGUGGCAGAGGCAGGGUCAAUGGGUCAACAGCCCGCACAGGCCCGGCUUCGCUCCCCUCCUCCCCGCACGCCAGAGGAAGAGGCCAUGGGUCGGGUCUCUGGUAGUGCUGCUGCUGUGCCGGUAGGGGUAGGGGCAACUGAAGCGGGUAGCGGGCAGGGUUACCGGCCAGGGUCGGGAUUCGGCACUGGGUGGAGUAAAGGGUCUGGUGUUAAAGCAGGUGGGGCUGGUGCCGGGUGGGGAGAGGAGAGUGAGGAGGAGAGUGAAGAGGAGGAGACAGAGGAGUCUGAAGAGUAUGAGCAUGAGGAGGAGGAGGAUGAGGAGGAUGAGGAGGAUGAGGAGGAGGAGGAGGAGGAGGAGGAGGUGGAAGAGACAGAAGAGGAGGAUAUGGAGUAUAGCAGUGAGGAGGAAAGUGAGGAGGCAAGAGAGGAGGCAAGUGAGGAGGCAAGUGAGGAGGCAAGUGAGGAGGAAGAGGAAGAUGAGGAGGAGGAAGACGAAGAGGAGGAAGAGGAGGAGGAGGGUGCAGAGGCGUGGGUGGGCAGGCCGCUACUUGCACAUUCACAGGCCAACACACCCACGGCAUACGGGGGCAUGAAGACACCAGAUGCCAUAGGGGGGAUCGUGUUUAUCAACGAGUAUGGCGCUGCCCCGCCCUCCCCUGCUAUGGACACCAACUCGGUGGGUGGGGCAGGGGGGAUGGGUGGGGCGACCACGCCUCUCAGCGGAACAGGGGAAGAUGGGCGCGUGUUUGUGGUCUUCAAUAAGUCUCGGUUCUCACCCACUGCUGCUGGUGCUGGUGCUGCUGGUGCUGGUGUUGGUACUGAUGGGGAUUUGAGCGGGGAGGGGCAGAUCAUGCGUGGUGGCCUUUCUGCAGGCACUAGUGGUUCUGGUCCCCUAGUGGUUCGGAUUGAGAGGGGGGAGGGAGAGGAGGAGAGUGAGGAAGAAGAAGGGGAGGGUGGAAGUGAGGGGUGGGAUGGAGGGGAGAGUGGGGAGGAGGAGAGUGAGGAUCAGAGCGGGACAGAGGGAGAGAGUGAGAUGGAGGGGAGUGAGGAAGGGAGUGGGUUUGAAGGGAGUGGUGAGGAGGAGAGUGAGGGGGAGAGCGAGGGGAGUGAAGGGGAGGAGAGUGGGACUCUGGGGAGUGAGGUGAGGGAAGGUAGGCAGGAGGGUGAAGAUGGGGAUGUGAGUGCGGUGGAGAGCGGUGCUUCUGGGGGAAGUGAAGAAAGCAGUGGGGAGGAUAGUGAGGAGGAAAGUGAGGAGGAGACUUUGGAGGACAGUGAGGAAAGUGAGGAGGCGAGUGAGGAGGGGAGUGAGGAGGGGAGUGAGGAGGGGAGUGAGUCAAGCUUGAGCCCUGUGGGGAGUUCAGACGAGGGGGAGACUGAGUACGUGGGGAGUGAGACAGAGGAGAGUGAGGAGGAGAGUGGGAGUGAGGAGGGGAGUGACGAGAGUGGGAGUGAGGAGGAGAGUGAAGAGAGUGGGAGUGAGAGCGAAGGGACUGAGAGUGGGAGUGAGAGUGAUGGAAGUGAGAGCCAAGAGAGUGAUGAGACAGGGUCAAGUGAGGAAGACGGCACAACUUUGGACGGCACAAUGGACGGCACGCUGGACGGCACGCUGGACGGCACCCUGGACGGCACGAUGGACGGCACUGUGGGCGGCACAAUAGACGACAGGACGCUGGAUGGAACAGUGGAUGUGACUUUGGGAGGCAGUGACACUAUGGAGAGGACUUUUACCAUUGAGGAGACUGAGACGGCAGUCAGUGGAACACUGGGAAGGAGCGGGACUAUAGAGGGGAGUUACACUAUGGAGGGGACAGAAGCCAUGGGGAGAACUAACACGUUCGAGAGUGUAGGCCGGACUGAGACGUUUGAGGGCAGUGGGACGAUGGAGAGAAGUGAUACUAUGGAGGGGAGUGAUACUAUGGAGAGGAGUGGCACUGUAGAGGGAACUGAGGCUAUGGGGAGGACCAACACUUUCGAGACCUUGGGGGGAAGUGGCACUAUGGAGGGGAGUGACACUAUCGAGGGGAGUGGCACUGCAGAUGGUGCAGGAGCAGCAGAUAGAACCCUCACCCUGGAGGGAACUGAAAUCUUGAGCGGCAGUGAGAGGGGCAGGAGGCAGAGGAGUGCCACUGAAAGCGGUAGCAGCUCUUAUCACGAGAGCAGCUUUUCAGAGGGGAGUGAGGCGAGUGAGGAGAGGGAUAGUAGUGAUGGGACCGAGAGUGUGGAAGCUAGUGGUACUUUAGAGGAUAGUGCUACUAUGGAGGAUAGUGACAGUAUGGAGGGGAGUGAGGCUGUGAGCAGGAGUGCCGCUAGCAGGAGCAGAGGAGGCUAUAGUGACGAUGUGGUGCUUAUAGAGGUGGCUACUGUAGCGGGGUCUAGAACCAGUGGGACUGUGUCAAGUAUGCGAGGGGUGAGUGAGACGGGUAGUGACUUGGGGAGGAGUGAGAUGGGGAGGAGUGAGAGAGUGGGGAGUGGAAGGGAAGGUAGUGACACGGAGGCAUCAGAAACAGAGGAAAGUGAGACAGGCAGGAGUGGGAGCGAGGGGAGCAGCAGUGAGCGGAGCGAGGAGAGUGAGAGCGAGGGGAGUGAGGGGAGUGGGAGUGAUGCGAGUGGGGGUGAUGAGCGUGCAAGUCACAGCUCAGAGGCGUCGGAGUAUCACUCCCACUCACAGAGCAGUGCGGGGUCCGAUUCUGAAAGCGGCUCGGAGAAAGGAAGCUUCCACUCUGGUUCCCACGCAAGCAGCUCACACACAACACUGACUCAUGAUUCUGCCUCGAAGAUUUCAGGUUCUGGAGAUGGCAGGUCGGAGAGCGAAGGAAGCCCGCCAGAGAAUGAGUCUGGCGAAUCAGAUUCUGAGCAGCUGUCCAGGUCAGAUUCUCACCCUUCCAGGUCAGCAUCACACCGUUCCAGGUCAGCAUCGGAUGCAUCUGAAGGGGGAGGAGCGAGCAAGAGCAGGUCUGCGUCAAGCCUUAGCCACUCUGCUGCUAGUAGCAAGUCCCCUGGCACAGAGUCAUCUGCUGGUAAAUCCUCUGGUAGGGGGUCGUCUGCAGGGUCGGCUGCCAGCAAGUCUCCCGGCACACAGUCGAGAAGUCAAAGUGGGUCUGAGGGGAGCGGGUCUCAUGGUGGCCGGUCGCGUGGUACUGAGUCGCAGCGCAGCAAGUCAGAGGCGAGUAGGUCGCCGGAUGGUGGGCUGGAUGCAGGUGGAGAGAGUGAGGGGAGAGGGGGGGGGGGUAGUGCGGAGGGCAGUGAGAGUGAGACGGGGAGUGAUGGCCUGACGGACGGGAUGACUGAAGGGACAAGUGUGACGUCCAGUGAUGAGGCGAGUGAGAAGGAGAGCGAAGAAGGGAGUGAGGAAGGGAGUGAGGGAGGGAGUGAGGGAGGGAGUGAGGGAGAAAGUGAGGGAGGGAGUGAGGAAGGGAGUGAGGAAGGGAGUGAGGGAGGGAGUGAGGUGACAGCAGAGACAUCAGAGGAUGGUAGUGAAGGAUCUGGGGAGGGAGAGAGCGAGGGAUCCAGUGACAUGCACAGUGAGGGGUCCAGGGAUAUGCACAGUGAGGGGUCCAGCCGUGCUGACAGUGUGAGCGACGGAAGCGAGGGGAGUGAGGGGAGUGGGUCUGUGGUGUCAGGGUCAACCAACAAGCCCACAGAGUCAAGGGCGGAUUCAGAAGCAAGGUUUGACUCGGACGGAGAGUCGGAACAGCCCUCUGAGCUAGAGGAAAGUGUCGCUACUAGCACUGCUGUUAGUGCUGCCGGCGGCAGUGCUGCUGCCAGUGCUGUUGCCAGUGCUGCUGCUAGCACCAGCCCCACGGGUGCUUCUGAAUCCAGCCGGCAGCUCGGGACGCCGACAGGUGGCGCUGCAUCAUUGGCGGGUGUGAUGGGAUCGCCAGUGGGGGAGGGGUGGAAGAGGCCUCUCACUGUUAAGGUGGGAGGAAGCUCCCAGGAGGCUAGUUCUGAAGAGGAGGAGGAGGAGGAAGAGGAGGAGGAAGAGGAAGAGGAAGAGGAAGAGGACGAGGAAGAGGAAGAGGAAGAGAGUGUGGAUGCCACUGGAAGUGAGGAAGAGGAGGAAAGCUAUGUUGGGGAUGAUGAUGAUGAGGAGGAGGAGGAUGAGGAGGAGGAGGAGGAGCAGCAGGAAGAGAGUGUGUUUACAGAUGACCGGAGCUCAGAGGGGAGCAGUGUUUCAGAGGGGGAAGGGAGAUCGGAACAAGAAGAGAGUUCAGGGGGAGAGGAGGGAGCGGAUGAGGAAGAGGAGGGGAGCAGGAGCAGUGAUGAUGAGGCGUCAGGUGGAGGAGCAACGAGUUUGGGCAGUGAGGAGGGGGAGCUAGAAGGGGUGAGUUCAGGAGAUGAAGGGGCGGUAAUGGGGCGGAGCUCGGGGAGUGAGGAGGAGGAGAGGGCGGUGCGGAUGCUGCGAGCGGAGAGCAAGAGGCGGUUUGAUGCUGUGCUGGGGCAGCUGAAGGUGCUGCUGAAGAGGGAUCCCCAGGGGAGUGAGGAAUUCGAGGAGGGAAGUGAGCAUUCUGAGGGGAGUGAGCACUCGGAGGGGAGUAAGGGUGAUGGAGUGAGUGCCGAAGGUGGGAGGAGGGAGGAGGAUGAUUACAGGUCUGCUAGUGAGAGUGAGGGAGAGGCGCAAGAGGAGGAUGAGUAUAGGUCUGAGAGUGAGGGUGGGAGUGAGGGAGGGAGUGAGGGAGGGAGACAGGAGGAGGAGGAGGAGGAGGAGGAGUGGGUGGAGGAGGUUGCGAGGGUGUCAGAACGAAGUGGGUCGGAGGAGGAGGCGUGGAUGGAAGAGGAGGAGGAGCAGUCAGAAAGGGAGGAGGAGAAUGGCUCGAAAGGUAGGGUGGCGGAGCAUGAUUCUGAAGCAGAGGAGGAGUAUGAUUCUGAAGCAGAGGCGGAGGGUGGCAGUUGGGACGGACAGGAAGGCCAGAAGCUUUCUCAAGAUGGCACUGGUGCUAGUGAUGGUGCUAGUGGUGGUGAUGGUGGUGGUGAUGGCUUAGCUGCCAUUGCUGCUGCUGCAGCUGCUGCUGCUUCAUUUCCGGAGGGUAUCACAGCUGAUGCCGCUGCACACAGCCACAGCAUGCACAGGCCACAAGGAAGCGAGGGGAGAGCUGCAGAGGUGCAUCCUCCUGCCGUUCUCCAAGCAACACCUGCCCCACCCGCCCCACUAGCCCCACCCGGCCCACCCACAUCCCCAGCACCCCAAGCAUCCCCAGUGGGCCCCACUCAACGGAUCCACCUCCCGCAGCCGCCCACCACGCCCUCCCUGCAGCCCUCCCCCCCGUCCCUCGCCGUUCCUGCCCCUGAUCUCCCGACCGGCCUGGAGCCGCCUCAAAGAGCAUCUGGCCUUGCUCCAAGUGCCCCGGGUGAUGAUGGCUUGGCCACUGGUGCUUCCAGCCGUGCUGCUGCUGCUCCGCCCCGUGGUGGUGGUGGUGGUGCUGCUGCUACCGGUGCUGCUUAUGAAUUGGCUGGCCUUGGCUCUGCAGGUGAGUCUCCCGUCGCCCUCCCCUCUUCCCCUGCUUCUGCUUCUGCUUCUUCUGCUUUUGGAACUUCUGUUUCUGGUUCUCCUGUGGUUGCUGCUGCACGUGUCUCUCCUGCUGCUCCUGCUGCUGCCCCCGUUGCUGUCCCUCCUGCUGCCUCUGCAUCUGUUACCUCUUCUGCAGGUCCCAGCACGGGAACUGCAACAACCGCAGCAGCUGCACCAGCUUCAGCACCUGCUAUUGCCAGGUUAUCCAAGGCAGGGGUUGCCUUGACCGCCUCUCCUGCCUUAUCCCCAGCUGUCUCGCCUGCUGCCUCUCCGGCUGUGUCGCCCAAGCCUGCUGCCGGCUCCUCGCCCUCUCGCGGUGUCUCAGGCUGGACCUCCCUCUUCCGCCCACUCUGGGGGCCAGCAGCGUCUCCAGCAGCUUCUCCUGCUGCCGCUGGUGGUGCUGCUGGUGCUGCUGGUGCUGCUGCUUCUGGUGGUGCUGCUGUUGGUACUUCUGCUGCUGGGACUGUUGCUCCAGCGGUUGCAGCUAAUGCAACGGAAGGUGGUGGUGUCUACACGCCCAGUGCUGCUCCCUCUGUCACUAGUGCGACUGAUCCUGCUGCUGCCCCCAUUGCCGCUGUCGCCUCGGGUCCUACUGCCUAUCCUGUUGCAGCUGUUCCCGCACCAGCAGUUGUUUCGUCCUCAUCAGCAAUACCUGCAGUAGCAUCGCCACCAGUUGCACCUGCACCAGUAGCACCUCCACCAUUUGCACCUGCACCAGUUGCACCUGCACCAGUUGCACCUGCACCAGCUGCACCUGCACCAGUUGCACCAUCCGCAGUUGCACCUGCUCCUGCACCACAAGCAGCACCUGCGCCGGCAGUAGCAGCUGCAGCCGCAGUUGGAAGAAAGACCGCCCCCCCUGUCUCCUCCUCACCUCAUCUCCCCACACCUCAUCAUCACCCGUCCCCCCCUCACUACCCCCCUCCUCCUUCCAGGCCCGACUCCCCUCUUCCCUUGUCCGUCCCCCCCGAGCCUGUUCCCGCAGCCAUCCAUCCCAUGGACCCGCGUGCGCAUCCAUUUGUCCUCUCUCCUCCUCAUACUACGCCCUCUCACACCCGCCCCUACUCUGCAGUAUCCUCCUCUCCCACGGUCCUGCAUCCCCUGGACCUGCGCGCACAUCCAGGUCCAGCCUCCCUCACCUCCCAAUCCUCCACAGUACCUCCCGCUCCCACAGUCCUUCACUCGCUGGAUCCAUGCGCUUCCCCCACCCCUCACACAGCAGACUCUCUGUCACCCAAAGCUGCCUCCCCGUUGUCAGGCGCUGCUCCUGCUUCUCCGCUCGCUUUCCUCUCGUCCAUAUUUGGCGGCGGCGCUGCUGCUGCUGCUGCUGCAGGGGUGGGUCCAGCAGCAGAAGAGAUGCUGGAUGCAAGGGUAGUGGGAGAGAGUGCGGCUGGGAAGGAAGGGAUGCAGCUGCUAAGAGGCAAGUGAUGGACCAAGAAGCAGAGGGGACAGGGAACCAUGGCGAGAUUGGUCCCCCUGGAGGUGUGCUGGUGCAUGGCUUGUCGGCCGAUUCUGAUACCAUGUCGACUGGAUCAAGGCAUGAUGCUGAUUCUGCUGCUGACGUCGGUGCUUAUCCCAAGGGCAAGUACGCUGCUGCCUUGGUCCCUCCGGCCUUAGAGCCAGGUGUUGCAGGCAGCUCCCAGGGUUCCUCCAGCCGCCCAGAGUCAAGGGAGUCAACGGAGUCAACGCGGUCGAAUGAUUCACCUGAGAAAGCACAGUCAGUGACGGGUGACGCACCUGUGGGGGGGGGCGAAGCAGCAGCUACUGAGGCGUGGGUGCGUGCGGGCAGUGGAGAGGGAGGGAGGUUGAAAGGAGGCUUGGGAGGAGGUUUGGAGAGAGGCUUGGAAGGAGGUGUGGAAGAAGGUGUUGUAGAGUGGCCAGUGGUAUUGCCACGUGGUGGCAUGGAUGGGGGAAUAGAGAGGGGCAUUGGAAAACAGGUGGAUGGAACAGGUCACAUUGGAGCAGUGGAAGUGGUGGCUGCUGGUGACUCAACAGAGCGGUCUCUUAUAAGGGGGUCAGUGAAUAUGGGCCCUGCAGUUGUGGUCGGUAGCAUAGAGCGGGUUUUAGUCGCUGGGAGCGAUACAGAUAAGCAGGUUGGAAGCAGCGAGGGUGAGAGUAAGGGGA